CGAUCGCACUGGUCUGCUCGAGUGGUUGUCAUUUUCAAGAGCUCUCUGGGUUUUUCUUUUUGUAUUCAUAUUGCGGGACAAAAUUUAAAAAAAAAAGUCUUAAUUGAUUUGAGGCUCCUAGAAGAUUCAAACAAUUUCAUUUGCUAAACAAGCUGUGAAAUACGGUGAGCAAGAAAUGGUUGCUCCGAUGCUUCUCCUCGGAUUCGUUUUGAUUGCGUGCAUCCGCGCCGCUACCCUCGGAGACGGACGGACGAGUUUGAUCGACGGAAGACCAAUCGACUAUCGAUCGUCCGGCAGUUGCAUCGUAGGAGGCAAAACGUAUUUGUCGGAAACUUCUGUGCCACGUGACCAUCCUUGUCAUUACUGCAUCUGUUACGGCGGCAAGAUUGACUGCUUCUGGAAACAGUGCGCCCACAUUCCAGACGGAUGUCAAGUGAUGGCCUUCCAAGACACCUGCAACCCUUCGCUUUACAUAUGCGAUAUUCCCGAGAAGGCUCGUGAAGCCCCGAUCUACGCACCGCCUCUAGCCGUUCGCCAACAACCGACGUUGCAAUCGUUGCCAUCAACGAAAAUCUACACGACAACGAGCCUGUCCACGACGACAUCAUCACCGCGGCCACGAUUAACUCAGCCAUCGACAAUUGUGCAAACAUACGCAAAGCCGGAGGUGGUUCCCCCUUCGCGGCAUCUCGUCCCGCCGGAACGCCAACCGAUUGAACCGCCAUCCCGUCAUUUAACUCCACCCCUGCCAUCGGCUGUUGUCCCGCAAAAGAAAUCCAUUUCUAUUUCGCCCCAACGACGGCCCGUUGUUGAAGUUACAAACAAACAGCCUGCGCAAUUCGGGUUAGGAAUGAAGAAUAAAAUGCGUUUCAGUCGGUCACUGGCCGAUGUUAGCUCCGUCCUCGAAACGAUGUUACCGCAUAACAUCCAAGAAGAAUUCCCGUUGAACUUCGACCAAGAAUUCGUGAUUCGUUUGGUCGAAAGGCAAAUCCGCUCAAAGCGAUCGAUCAACGACGUGGCAAGUGGCAAUCAUCACCACCAUCACCACGACCACCACGAAGAAGAGGAUCGCGGCUGCACCAUUCUUGGCAUUCAUUAUCAACUCGGCGAAGUAAUCGGUGUGGCCACCGACGUUUGCCGCGAAUGCCGAUGCGCAGCACAGUCUCUCUUUUGUUCGCCAAAGUGCUGCUUCAAACCGGCGCCACUUCAGCAGGUGACGGGAGAUUUCGUUCGCGUCUUGGAGCAGAGCUCCGCACCAGCCUCGGGAUUAGAAGCUCCGCGGCAUCCACUUCAUUACAUCAAGAGCGAGUUCGCUUAAAUUGCUGCGGUGAAAAAAAAAAAAAAAAAAGUGUCUCAA